AUGAAACGCAAAAGAGAUGGUGAAAAGACAGAACCAAUGGAAGACGUCCUACUGGUGCCACCUACCUUAACUCAGUCUACCUACGCCCUCCUUAAGCGAUGUAAUGCUGUUCCGCUUACGCAUCAUCUUGAGGGUCGAUUUGGGAGUCGAACCUACCGGGUGAAUGAGACGCACAUUGGACUACCAAUUCUAUCGAAGGAGGUCCUGGAACAACAGGCCGCCAAGCAUGUCGAAUUGAAGGACUUUUUGGAGAAUAAAGAGGUGUCGGUCGCCUCAAGACCAUUCUACAAAACGCAUCGUUUCAAAGAACCACCAGAAUUUGAUGCUCGAAUGCACCCGGAGAGAGAAGUGAAACGAGAAGGACCAACUGAACCAACUCCAAUAGUCUCAAGAUCGGAAAACGACGACGAUGAUGACGACAAGAAGAAGACUCCACCAUUGUUUACCUAUGCCGAACUCUUCGCGGGGAUUGGUGGAUUUGGCGUGGCAUUAGAAGCUCUGGGAGGUCAAUGUUUGUUCAUGAGCGAGCUAGAAGAUCACAUUCGCGAAUUGUAUUGUCACAAUCUACACGCCACCAACGUCCAUGGCGACAUUUACAAGGUGAAGGAUUCCGAGUUUCCAGACAACAAUUUGGAUCUGGUGGUGGGAGGGUUCCCAUGCCAACCAUUCUCAGCGUUGGGGAACCAAGAUGGAUUUGAUUGCGAAAAGGGUCGAGGGCAUUUGUUUUUGGAAAUUAUUCGCCUACUCAAAAAGUCCCGGCCAAAGGGGUUCUUGCUGGAGAAUGUCCCCGGAUUGCUCACCAUGAAGGAAACUUUUGAAGCCAUUGUCGAAGCUUUUGAUAAAGCUGGAUACCAAGUGACGACAGAAGUCUGCACGGCUCGUGGACUCACGGCGACACAACGGAAACGACUCUUUCUAGUAGGAAUUCGCAACGACAUUGCCAAGAGCACCAAGAAACCCUUUGAAUUUCCUUAUAUUCCCGACUUGAAACUUCGAGCCGAGAAUAUACUGGAUUACGACGAACUUCCUCAAGAAGAACUAGACAUUCUUCGACUACCCGAUUCCACCUUUGAGCAACUAACAGGUGGUAAGAGGUGGCGACCAGCCAGCAUGGCGUGGCCCAAUCGGACCCUGGACACAAUGACCAGUCACUAUGGAAACGCCGUUGGUCGAGGAGAGUCUCAGUUGGUCCCGGGCUGCAGUCCUCACAAUCCUCGUCGGUACUCCAUCCGAGAGUGUGCGAGGCUAAUGGGCUUUCCCAAUUCCUACAAAAUAUUGCCACAACGAGAGCACCAAGGCGACAUGGCCUAUCGAAAAGAAAACUAUCGCAUGUUCGGCAAUGCUGUUUGUCCGCCGCUCAUGGCCAUUUUGGCGGGAGCCGUCUUGGCAUCGUGUAGUAGUACUGAUGCAGGCAAUGCAGACAAUAAGGCAAUAGACUGGGGGAAGCGGGGGCAUGAUGUCGCUGUUCAACUUGCACAAUCCUGUACGAGGGGCGACUCUGUGGACCUUCCGAUUGGAUGUCAAGUAGUUCCUGACAGCUAG